AGCGGCUUACACACCGACCAAAUGUAGAAGCAGCCGCCGGUCAAGUGAAAGGCAGAGCCCACCCAGCCCAAGAACAGAGGGGUGCCAAGGUCAAAUCUGUUGGAACAGAAAGAAAAAGCUUGAGAUGAAGAUGCAGUGAUCCAAUUUUCAAUCAGGAUUCAUUAAAGUUGAUCUUCUCCAAUAAGAGGCAAAUAUACCACGCUGAUCUCGAUGCCAUUGCUCAAGAAAACUGGACGAGGGUUUUGGAGUCACUCCGCUGCUCUCUGCAAGACCCAUGGUGAGGGCCAGCUUGUUGAAGGACAUAAAGUUGAGAGGACGACAGCGGAUGAGUGGAGAGCGACAUGGAGAAAGUGACGAAAGAUGCUAAGGCCAACCCGGCGACGACGGCGAGCCUUUUCUCCAAGGUGUUCUUCUGCUGGCUAAACCCACUGUUCCGCAUCGGAUACAAACGCAGGCUAGAGGAAGAUGAUAUGUACGAAGUGCUCCAGGAGGACAGAUCCAAGAGACUGGGAGAUGAGCUGCAGAGACACUGGGAGUGUGAGGUUCAGAAGGCCACCAAAGAGCUGAGGUCGCCCAGCCUCACCAAAGUCAUCAUCAAGUGCUACUGGAGGCCGUACGCAGUGCUGGGCAUCUUUACCCUCAUCGAGGAAGUCAUCAAGGUGAUCCAGCCAGUGUUCUUGGGGAAGCUGAUUCAGUACUUUGAGAGUUACCAGCCGGAUGACAUCAGCGCUCUGCACAAGGCCCUUGGCUACGCCGCUGGGAUGUCGCUCUCCUCCAUGAGCCUGGCAGUGAUUCAUCACCUUUACUUCUACCACGUCCAGAGAGCUGGCAUGAAGAUCAGAGUGGCGAUGUGCCACAUGAUCUACAGGAAGGCCUUGUGUCUCAGCAGUGCAGCUAUGGGAAAGACCACCACAGGCCAGAUUGUCAACCUCCUGUCCAACGACGUUAACAAGUUUGAUGAGGUGACGAUCUUCCUGCACUUCCUGUGGGUGGGGCCUCUCCAGGCUGCGGCGGUCGUGGGCCUGCUGUGGAUCGAGAUUGGGCCAUCAUGCAUGGCAGGCAUGGUGGUCCUCAUAUUCCUCAUGCCUAUGCAAACCAUGUUUGGACGGCUCUUCUCCAAGUUCAGAACGAAGACAGCUGUUCUCACUGACAGCAGAAUUCGCACAAUGAAUGAAGUGGUGUCAGGGAUGAGGAUCAUCAAGAUGUACGCCUGGGAGAAACCAUUUGCAGCGUUGGUCUCUGAGGUCAGAAGAAAGGAGAUCUCCAAGAUCAUGAAGAGCUCCUACCUACGAGGCCUCAACAUGGCCUUCUUCUUCACAGCUAGCAAGAUCAUCCUCUUCAUCACUUUUACGUUCUACGUGCUACUGGGAAACACGAUCUCGGCCAGCAGCGUGUUUGUCACAGUGUCACUGUACACUGCUGUGCGACUGACCGUCACCCUCUUCUUCCCCGCGGCCAUCGAGAAACUGUUCGAGUGCCGUGUCAGCGUCCGCAGGAUAAAGGAGUUCUUGCUGCUAGACGAGAUCACAAAAAACAGCGCUCUACUGCCGCGGGAGGAGAAAGGGGAGGCCUCUGUGGAGAUCCAAGACCUGAUAUGCUACUGGGACAAGAGUCUGGACGCUCCAUCUCUGCAGAACGUCUCUCUCACUGUGAAGCCUCAUCAACUCCUGGCUGUAAUUGGACCAGUGGGGGCUGGAAAGUCAUCCCUGCUGAGCUCCAUCCUGGGAGAGCUGCCCCACGACAAAGGGGUGCUGAAGGUCAAAGGUCAGCUGACCUACGCCUCCCAGCAGCCCUGGGUGUUCCCUGGCACCAUCCGCAGCAACAUCCUGUUUGGCAAGGAGCUGAACACCCAGAAAUAUGAGAAGGUCCUCAAGGCCUGUGCCCUCAAAAGGGACCUGGAGCUGCUCCCAGACGGAGACCUGACGCUGAUCGGGGACAGAGGAGCCACGCUCAGCGGGGGACAGAAAGCUCGUGUUAACCUGGCAAGGGCUGUGUACCAGGAUGCUGAUAUCUACCUCCUAGAUGACCCUCUGAGUGCUGUGGAUGCUGAAGUUGGGAGACACCUCUUUGAACAGUGUAUCUGUGGCCUGCUGAAGAACAAGCCCCGUAUCCUGGUGACCCACCAGCUGCAGUACCUGAAGGCCGCCGACCAGAUCCUGGUCCUGAAGGAGGGGCACAUGGUGGCGCACGGGACCUACGCUGAGCUGCAGCGCUCUGGUGUAGACUUCACCUCCCUGCUGCAGAAGGACGAGGAGGAGGAGCAACAGGCUCCUCACGACAUCUCCACUCGCACCCGGACCCUGUCCCAGAAUUCAGUGCUGUCCCACACAUCCUCGGUGCACUCAGUCAAAGACGGAGCCGACCAGCUACCACCAGAACCGGUGCUGACAGUGGUGGAGGAGAGUCGGGCCGAGGGCACCAUUGGUGUGGGCUUGUAUGUCAAAUACCUGAGAGCUGGAGCCAGCGUUGUACUGCUGCUAAUCGUCAUAGUAAUCAACAUUCUGGCUCAGGGAGCGUAUGUUCUCCAGGACUGGUGGCUGGCUUACUGGGCUGGAGAGCAAGACAAGCUGACUCAGAAUAGGAAUCACACCCAAAACAACGCCACCACAGAGCUGGAUACCAACUUCUAUUUGAGUAUUUAUGCAGGUCUGACUGUAGCCACCAUCAUUCUUGGCUUUGCUAGGAAUUUUAUCCUAUUCAAUGUGCUGGUGAAAUGUGCGCAGACCCUGCACAACCGCAUGUUCAGCUCCAUACUCCGCACACCCGUUCGCUUCUUUGACGUCAACCCAAUUGGAAGAAUUUUAAAUAGGUUCUCUAAGGACAUCGGCCAGCUGGAUUCUAAUAUGCCGUGGACCUUUGUGGACUUCAUUCAGGUGUUCCUGCAGAUUCUUGGCGUCAUCGCCGUGGCAGCAUCAGUGAUCCCAUGGAUCCUCAUCCCCGUGCUCCCCCUCCUCAUUCUUUUCUUAUUUGUUCGUCGCUACUUCCUGCAGACAUCCAGAGACAUAAAACGCCUGGAAGCUACAACUCGGAGUCCAGUCUUCUCCCACCUGUCUUCAUCUCUUCAGGGUCUGUGGACCAUCCGAGCUUUCGGCGCAGAGGAAAGUUUCCAGAAAACCUUCGACGCCCAUCAGGAUCUGCAUUCAGAGGCCUGGUUCCUGUUCCUGACCACCUCGCGCUGGUUUGCUGUCCGCCUUGAUGGCUUGUGUGCCAUCUUUGUUACCGUCACUGCAUUUAGCUGCCUGCUGCUCAGAGACCAGCUGGAUGCUGGUGCUGUCGGCCUGGCUCUCUCAUAUGCCAUCACACUAAUGGGCAUGUUCCAGUGGGGUGUCAGGCAGAGUGCAGAGGUGGAGAACAUGAUGACGUCAGUGGAAAGAGUGGUGGAGUACACUGAGCUGGAGAGUGAAGCACCCUGGGAAACCCAGAAACGUCCUCCUCCUGAGUGGCCCAACCAAGGCUUGGUGACCUUUGACCGGGUUAACUUCUCCUACAGUGCUGAUGGGCCGCUUGUCCUACAGAACCUGAAAGCCACCUUCCGUCCUAGAGAGAAGGUUGGCAUUGUGGGCAGGACAGGAGCUGGGAAAAGCUCCCUGGUCUCAGCCCUCUUCCGCCUGGCAGAGCCACAGGGCAAGAUCCACAUCGAUGGCAUUUUGACCUCUGAGAUCGGCCUCCAUGACCUGCGCCAGAAGAUGUCUAUCAUUCCUCAGGACCCGGUGCUGUUCACCGGCACCAUGAGGAAGAACCUGGACCCUUUCAGCCAACACACGGAUGAAGACCUGUGGAACGCCCUGCAGGAGGUCCAGCUGAAGUCCGCGGUGGAGGAGCUGCCUGGUAAGAUGGAGACGGUUCUGGCCGAGUCAGGCUCCAACUUCAGCGUUGGCCAGAGGCAGCUGGUGUGUCUGGCCCGAGCCAUCCUGAGGAAGAACCGCGUCCUCAUCAUCGAUGAGGCCACCGCCAACGUGGACCCCAGGACAGAUGAGCUGAUCCAGCAAACCAUACGAGAGAAGUUCAGAGAAUGCACGGUGCUCACCAUCGCUCAUCGUCUCAACACCAUCAUAGACAGCGACCGCAUACUGGUUCUAGAUGCAGGGCAGAUCCAUGCCUACGAUGAGCCUUACACCCUGCUUCAAGACCCAGAUGGCAUCUUUUACAAGAUGGUGCAGCAGACAGGCAAGCAGGAGGCAGCAGCUCUGCUGGAAGCAGCCAAGCAGGCUUACGAGAGCAGGAGCCGCCCCGACAUGGCCAACGGGCACGUAGUGACACCAGAGGGCAACUUGGUUAUCUUUGAGACGGCGCUGUAACGUCAGACGACGCUCGGACUGACUGCUCUCCCACAAGGCUCCACAAAGUGCCUGGGCUCGUGUCAUGCCCCUCCGGCCCCGACUGCAAGCGUGCAGGGAGGCGGUGCCAUGACAGAAACCUUCGAUCCACUCCGCCUGGUCAGGAGACUGAGGGGGACGCGAUCCACAGAGACGAUCCGGCCUCCGACGUGGCCCUAAAUGGCCCGGCCAAAUUUUGUACGCACACGAUGCUGUUGUUUUCCUCCAAGCUAAGAGAGUUUGGAAAGCACUGUAGUAAGAACUGAAAUGUUCGCCUAGAUUUCUAUUUAUUUUCUAUACUUUAUAUUUAUCAUACAGACGACUUUUAAUAAGCUUGCACAGAAAUUUUACCGGCGAGCUGACAGUUGAUUGUUAAAUACCCUGACCGAGUUGUGUAAAGUUGUUUUUUUUUUGGUUUUUUUUUAAUGGACAGCACAUCCUAUAAUACUAAACACAGUUGUCACUAUAUUUGAUGGAAAGCAAGACUAUGUAAUGCUAGUGCCUUAUUCACAUUUUGCAGCAUUUGUACUGUCUUAAUUUAAUCGAUUUUUGUUGUUUGUGCUUUACUGUGUUUAUAAACAAUUACCGUUUGCCUACCCCAUGUUUGUCAUGGAAAACAUGUUGCCUCUGCGUUUGUUUUAAACGACACGUUGUUUGUCGACUACAGAACAAAUUCCUUGUUUUUCAUCGAGGCAUUUCAUAACAGUUUCCAAACGUAAGGUGAAAUACAAAGUAACGUGUGUUGCCUCUGUUCCAAGCCUUUAAGAACUGCAUAAAAGGGAGAUUUUGCUGCUUGAAAUUACAUAAGGUUGUUUUGUUGUUGUUUUCAUUGCCGUGUUGUAUUUAGUCUGCCCUAUCCUCUUUGCCAGUGACUGGCACAAUCAGGGCGCCCAGAGGCUUUGCAGUGAGUUCACCUGAAAGCCUCUGGGCGGCCAAGAGAGUUUUUAAAGGUAUGAGAACAGCAGGCAAUCUGAACACAGCCACUACACAGUUUGGUUUACUUGAAUGACAUGCAUUUCUUUUUCAUUAGUGUUUAGUCUUUUUGAUACUUGCUAUUUUUAGAGUUGCAAAAUGUUCUGACAUUGUAAUACUGUUGUUAUUUUUCACUCAAACUGAAAUAUUAAAAUUACUUCUGUACAUCC